UCUCUACAUUUAGUGGCAUUCAAAGCAACAGAGCACAGCAAUAAAACCACAAUCAGAACAAUGGAUCGCAGGGAGCAAGCGUCUGAUACAAUUGUGCUGUUGCAGCCUCAGCCUCCACCUGUAUAUUAUCCACCCAAUCUAGGCCCUUCAGUCCAGCAGGGCCCCUACAAUCAAGGGCUACUUCCAGGACAAGCUGUCGUCUCAGUGCAGACUGCAGGCUUUGUUCCUGCCGCACCAGUGCCGGAUCACUUGUGUUACUCCAUCUUCACCAUUCUUUGCUGUCACUUGAGCUUUCUGGGCAUCGCAGCGCUGGUAUUUUCCCUCUCUACUCGAAAUGCCAAUGAUGCUGGACACAGAGCAUUAGCAGAGAGGAACUCCAAAACGGCACUCACCCUGAAUAAUAUCGCCUGUGGUCUUGGCAUUGCUUUUUAUGCAUUGCUUUUCGGUCUGUUGUUGUUAAUUUGAAGCCAACAAAUGUAUAUUCAUAACUGAGCUGCUGUCUUAGCUGAUUGCUGGUUACAGGCAAACCUGGUUCUCUUCAUUUUAAAUGUUAAUAUGUCAAGAUUCACUCAGAUAAAACACAUGUUUUAAGGUGAACUGUUUCACAUUUACAACAAAUAAAAGCUUAAACUGAC